CCUUCCCGUCAACGGUGGAUCCCCAGGUUAGUGUUUCAUGGAACUGGCUACUUUCCAUUGUGCGCAUCGGAGUGCAUACGGCUAUACCAGCCACACAAGAAUGUUCAGUCAGAUGCCGAACCUUUUGUGGUGCCUAACCCCGGCAACAUCGAGUUAACAAAAAACCGACUACCGGGUUACAUUAGACAAGAUGCUGAAACUGAUUUUACCAAGAGAAUGAAAGCAGCCAAGGAAGCUGAGUUAAAAAGCUACGGCGUAGUAGUCAACAGUUUUUACGAGCUCGAGGCAGCGUAUGCUGAUUUCUACAAGAAUGUAUUGGGGAAAAAGGCCUGGCAUAUCGGCCCUCUUUCGCUCUGCAUUAGGGAAGACAUAUAUAAAGCUGAGAGGGGAAAGAAAUCAGCCAUUGAUGAACACGAGUGUUUGAAGUGGCUUGACUCGAAAGAACCCAACUCAGUUCUUUACAUAUGUUUUGGGAGUAUGACCUGCUUCACCUCUGCCCAAUUAAAGGAGAUCGUCAUGGCCCUUGAGGCAUUAGACUUGCAAUUCAUUUGGGUUGUGAGUAAACAAAAGAAAGAUGAGGAAGACAAUGAGUGGUUGCCGGAAGGAUUUGAGAAGAGAAGGGAAGGCAAAGGACUUAUAAUAAGAGGAUGGGCACCCCAAGUGUUGAUUCUUGAUCAUGAAGCAGUGGGGGGAUUCGUGACUCAUUGUGGAUGGAGUUCGACCUGGCCAACAUUUGCAGAGCAGUUUUUCAAUGAAAAGUUGGUGACUCAAGUCUUGAAGAUUGGAGUUGAUGUUGGUGCUCAGAAAUGGGCGAGACUAGUGGAAGAUUUUGUGAAAAUGGAAGCCAUUGAAAAGGCAGUGAAGGAGUUGAUGAAGGGUGAUAAAGCAGAUGAAAUGAGAAACAGAGCCAAAGCACUUGCUGAAGCAGCAAAAAAAGCUAAUAAAAAAGGAGGGUCUUCUCACUCUGAUUUGAAUGCCCUAAUUGAAGAACUCAGCUCGCGUUCUCAAUAAA